AUGACAGUAAGUGAUACUAGUGACACUUCCUUUAUUGAUAAUGGGGUCAUUGGAAUUCCAUCAAUGUCACAUACCCCAUAUGGAGAUAGUUCAGAACAAUCAAUAGUUGAAACAAAUGAUUUUUUUGUAGGGAUGUAUAUAGUUGAAUUUGACACUACUAGUGGAGAAAAAGUUGUUUAUAAACAAGUUACACAUCCACUAAAUGUAGGUGUAGAAAAUGAAUUGAUUGGAAUGAUGAUGGGAGUAGAUUAUUAUGAAUAUUCUAAUAUAAUAAUAUUACUUCAUACAAUUACAAAUUACCAUGUUAUGAGUGUUCAUUUUACUUGUUUUAAUCCAUCAAAUAAAAGAGGAUAUGUAACUACUUGUUGUAUUGCUAUUAUUCAAUCUUCACCAUUUACUACUUCACAAAUAGAUUUAUUAACAGAUAAAUUAACUCAAUUAGCUAUUAAAUUUCAGUCAAUUUCUCAAAAACAUAAAUCUUUAGAACAUAAAGAAUAUAUUGAUGUAAUGUCUUUACAAGAAUUAAUAGAUUCAACUGAUCCUGUUCCAUUUCUUUUUCAACGUAUAGUAACUAGUUAUUCACUUGUUCUUCUUUCAACUCAUAACCAUUAUUCUUUAUGUUCAGACUAUUCAAAUCCAAUUCAUCCUGGAAAUAUUAUUGCAUGUGGUGGUCAUUCAUUGUUUAAUUGGUCUUUUUUUCCUCCUUCAACAUUUAUUUCAAAUGUUAGUUCACAUCCAUCUCAAUCAUUCUCUUCAACAAAUGAAACCUCUAUAAAUACUUUACAUUCAAUUACUUCAAACCAACCUCAAUUUAUUAAUUUAAAUAAUAAUAUAUCACUAUCUUCUUCUUUAAAUAAAGAACAUUGGACAUUAUCAGAAGAAUAUUCAAUUAAUGCACCAUUUCCUCCUUGUUCUUUUCCUACAAUUUCAAGUGAUUCAAAUAAAUUUGGAUAUAACUCUUUUAUUUCUGAGUUUUCUUCUUGUUAUCCAAAUAUCCUCUUCUCUUUACUUUCAGGAUUACAAUGUCUUGUAUAUACUACUCAACCAUAUGACCCUUCUCGAAUAGUUGAUAUAGCAAAGUUUCUUGCUUCUUUUAAUUUGAGUGGGAUAUCAUCAGAAAUAUAUCCACCAUUAGAAAUUAUUGAUAAUAAAGAAUCUUUUAUUCCUUCACUUCAUCCUUUUACUCAAAUAUUUGUUAUUGUAGAACCAAUUCAAGGCUUUGUUCCUAAUUUAUAUUCAACAUGUUCUAUUGAUAUAUCAAAAGAAUUUUAUGGAUUAAUUUAUUCAGAUGAAAUGAAAUCUUGUUUACUAGAUUCAUUUGUUAAAUAUGCGAAAGAAAAAAAACUUCUUUUAGCACAAAAAAUGUGGAAUGUUUUAUUAGAUUAUAGUCAAUUAACAAUGAAAUCAUUUAUUGAUAUUGAAUUAUUUAAAAAGAUUCAAUCUUCUCCUGAAAGAUUUAUAAUUUCUCACUUUCAACGAGUAAUUGAGAAAGAAAAGGUCUUUAUAGAGAGUGGAAAAGUAAUUAUUAAUAGACCUGUAUUAGCACAUAAUAUGUUUACAACAAUCCAAUUAAAAUAA